CGGUGACGCUCGUUGACCAAUCGCGCAGGGGAUUCGCAGGUUGUCGGAAGUGUUCGGCACAAUUCGGCUGUGGAGGCGGAGCGGGACGUGUGUGGAUGGAGUGGUUGAUGCUUUUCUCCACCGGAGACCAGAUGGUCUGACCCUGCUGUCGUUUCACAUGCGAUCAGGAGACAGUUUGACCUCUGAGUGACCUCUGAAUGACCUCAACACCUCCCUACUAACAGAAACACAAAAUGUGUGUCAACAUGAACUUGAAAAUGUGUCUGGAGUGACAGAAUUCGUUCAGCAUCCAGUCAUUUCUCAGUAGGCGAUCAUCUCCAGCAUGGACUUCCUGCAGAUGAAGCACCUGAAGAGGAAGAGGAAGAGCAACUACAGCGUGAAAGAAACUCAGACUCUGAUCCGCGAGAUCCACAAGCGGCGUGAGAUUUUAUUCUCCCGCCAGCAGAACAUGGCCAUCAACGAGCUGAAGCGGCGAGCGUGGGAGGAGGUGGCGGACAGCGUGAACGCGCUGGGCGAAGGGGAGCUGCGUACGGCGGCCGAGGUCAAGCGGCGCUACCUGGACUGGCGCGCGUUAAUGAAACGAAAACAGCUUCAGGCCGAGUUGGCGUCGGAAUUGAAGCAGGAGUUCGAGUCUUCGUCUCCCGAUAAUGACGCGUCUCUGGGUGGCGGUGACCAGUCGCUGGACCUCAGUGGGUUUUCCAAAGACUCGUCGUGCGACUGGCAGGACCUGACGGACCUCGGGGAGCCCAGCACGCACACGCCUGGCGUAAAAAUGGAGGAUGAUGAGGCCAGCAGCUAUAGAUUGGAGGCAGAGGUUGGAGAAGCUGGUGAGGGUGAGGAGGAUGAUGAAGACUGUUUUCCCUCCAUACUCCCUGAUAUGGACCGCGAGGGCCGAGUUCCGGAAGUCUUCGCUCACAUCGAUGAAUUCGGCGUGCUGAGCUCCACAAAACCCACGUCUGGUCCGACGGCGAGUCGAGAUCUGGGGCUCGGAGUCGGGGGCGUGACCGGGAUGGGCGUAACUGGAUUGGGCCUGGCCGGAGGGGAGAACACCAGUCUGCUGGUGGCGCUGGAGAGGCAGAGACUAGACCUGGAGAAACACCGCUUACAGGUGGAGUCCGAACGGCUGCAGGUGGAGAAAGAGCGCCUCCUGGUGGAGAAGGAGCGGUUGAGGCAGGGCGAGGUGGAAAGAGAGCGGCUGCAGCUGGAGAAGGAGCGUCUACAGGUGGAGAGAGAACGAUUGCGACUGCUGCUGCAGCAAAACACGCCCCUACAGCAGAGCCCCGCCCCCUCGACGUCAGUAGCCACGCCCACCACAUCAUCCUCUGCCCCCUCUUCAUCCUCACUGGAUGGAGAGAAGGACAGGAAGCUGGCUUGGCCAAUGGCGGUGGAUUUGGAGGCGGAGAAGCUGAAGUUAGAGAAAGAGCGCCUCCUGCUGGAGAAGGAGAGACUGCAGUUCUUCAAGUUUGAGUCUGGAAGACUGCAGAUUGAGAAAGAGCGCCUGCAGGUGGAGAAAGAGAGGCUGCAGCUUCACAAAGAUGGACAGCAGAUGGCGCUGCACUCGUGAAACACCAUAGAUACAGUUGGGUAUGAAAAAAAUCAUUGUUAUUGUAGUUCUCUAUUCAUUUCUAUGGGGAAAAAUCAAGUGCACUUUAAAUAAAGCAAAAAGUCGCAUUAUUUUUUAAAAAGAAAGAAGUUAGGCAAUGAAUGCGAGAAGUUUAUAGACAAGAUGGGAAGAGAUGCAUGUGGACUCACUUUUGAACAUACGCUGAAGUAGAUUUUGCAUUUUUAAAUAUAAAUAUAAAAUAUGAAAGUGAAUGUCAGAAAAUUACCUCACCUUAGUCCACGAAUAAAUUUGUUUUGAUUUAUUUAAAGUGCAAAAACACUUUUUUGGUGCUUUCCUUUCUAAGACUAGCAAAGUUUUAAUCUGUUAUUUAUUUAUCUUGUUUUUCGCUAUUGAAAUGAAUGGAUUUCUAUGGUAAGCAGGAUUUAUAAAUUUAUGACUGUAUCUAUAGAUCAGGUCAGCCCACAUGAUUGCCUUCUGUUCAUGCAAAACAACUCAAAAGAUGUUUUUUGUUAAGGUUAAAGGAGAAGUCCACUUCCAAAACAAAGAUUCACAUAUAAUGUACAUACCCCCUUCUUCCUUGGCUGGGAUCAUUUACAAACGCAUUUGGGAUCGUUUGAAACUGCAAUUAAACUGCAUUUUGGAAGUUCAAAAUAGGGGUACCAUAUCAGUGCACCAUAUUAGUUUUCCUCAAAAAACAUAAUUUCUUUACGACUGCAGAAAGAAAGACAUUAAUAUCUUGGAUGACAAGGGGGUGAGUACAUUAUCUGUAAAUUGUUGUUCUGGAAGUGGACUUCUCCCUUAAGUAUUGUUGAUGUCUUGUAGAAGUUUAUUCAUAUAAAAAAUACAGAUGCUUCUGAUUAACUUUUUACAAGAUGUUAUGUACUUUGUUACCAUACUGUGUUUAAUGUACAGAGCUAAAAAAAGACCUGGAUUGUAUAAGGGCUCUUAUAAGUGACUGUGUUCACACUACAGCAUGGACGGGGACCAAAUCUGAGGCUUCAUUUACAGUUGAA